ACCCAAUGAGGAAUUAUGGUAUUCUUGUAACGCGUAUUGUAUGAAAGUGUACACCGUUUGUGCACACACUGUGUACAUUUUCAUUACAAAAUUGUUACAGAUAUUGUACACAUUCCUCAUUGGGCAUUGCAAACGUGUCACUUUCAACGACGCGCUACGUUUGUGAUUCAUUGCUACUUAUAAUUCGGUUGCAUGCAUAAUACACCGAACGGAACGCUUGUAUUGUUUUCUAUAUUGCAUUUUUUCAAUUAGAAAUUGUUUUUAGUCGAUUGUUAUGUUUUUUUUUGUAUAAAUCAUUGUGUGAAUUUGAAUAAAACGGUGGACAUUUUUCUUGUACGAUAAACAACGAGAAAAUGUUGGUACACCGAAUUGCGCCGAGAAAUUGAACCAUUAAUGAAAACUGUUUGGCAAUCCGUUGGAUUCGUGAAGAACGGCUAUCGGUGCACAUCAAUCUAACCUCAAAGUUUGUGGAAUUUGUAGAUCAAAUUGGCCCAUUCAACUUGUUGCCCAUUCGAAGCCGCUUCACCUGAUUUCGGAGCAUAAACAGGUUAUGUGCAUCCAUUGAAACGCUGGUCAACUGGAGAAUAUCACAGUCUCCGUGACGAAAAUCACUUUUCAGAGCUAGCCGAAUUCCGAUCGAAAACUUAAAAUGUCAGACGUUGGACCGCCACCGGCCAAACGGACACGCCCAAGCAAUGCGGCUGAUACAGAGAUAUAUGGAUCGAAUGUAACGGUAUCGGCACGGCAAACGAGAUAUAUGCUGAGAAGCUUCAAAAAGGAACAAAUGAAUGAAAAUAUCGUAUUGCCAGAGCCAAAACGAAAGCGAAAACCUCGAAUCGAAAAAUUGAUGGAACUCAGUGCAGAUUGUUUGUUGACAAUUUUCAUGGAAAUGGAUCCGAAAACGUUGAGCAAUUUUGCUGACACCUGCGAUCGAUUACGCAACCUGGCAAAAUAUCAUUUUCGAUUGAAAUACAGUCAGUGCUUUGAUUUUGAAUCGUUUGGCAAUACUGGACGAGUUGCAACCGAUCGCUUAGAAGAAGCGGAACAGUUUUUACGCAUUUUUGGCGAUCAAAUUGUAACGUUGGAAAUGAGCACUGCAGUUUUCAUCCCAUUUCUCGGUAUUUCAAACGGGUUGUUGCAGCUGAUCAAACAGUAUUGCUAUCAUCUGAAAUCAUUGGAGUUGCGGGAAUUCGAUAUAACCAACGAUUCAGCGGAUAUCAUCAGACCAUUGUUUAAUUGUGUUGAGAAUUUGACACUCUUCGAUUGCCUGAUCGUCGAUUGCAACCCAGGUCCAAUGGAAAAUCUCAAACGUUUAGUACUGGAUGGUAGCAUUUGCGAAUUGUGGAGUGAUGUCUUAUGGAAGAAUUUCCCAAAGCUGGAAGAUGUGACAUUUAUACAAGUUGCAUAUUUGAGUAACGACUCAAUCGUUCAAUUUCUCAAAAUGAAUCCAUCAUUAAAACGUCUAUCGUUUACUGAAUGUUAUAAUAUAACAUCUACGAUAUUCAAAGCAGUCAGCAAAUUGGAAUAUCUUCAAGAAUUCGAAUACACGAAUGGAGGAUUUAAUACAGCACAUGCUAUGCAAAACGACUUAUUGCAUUUGUCAUCGUUGCAAAAUUUAAAGGUUCUAAAAUUAGAUUUGUAUAAUGUCAUUUCACCGUGCCGUCUUAUCGAGAAAUUAAUCACAAAUGGCGUGGCUAUUGAGCAUCUGCGGCUUAUGAAUGGAGUCGGAGAUGAUACAAUAUUCGAAAAAAUUGCCCAAAUCAACACAUUGAAGGUGCUGCGACUAACUGAUAUCGAUGAAUUGAAUGAAAAUCACAUUUUGAGCUUUGCCAAAAAUCUAAAGCAACUCGAAACAUUGGAUAUCAAGGGACGGACAAUAUUCACUCGGUAUGGAAUAACCGAGAUUGUUCGCAAAGCAAACCGGUUAACACACCUGAUAAUCGACUUGCCGGAGUUCAUUUUGACUCUUCCGAUCUAUUUGGAUCUACUUGAUAUCAUCCAAAAACGUGAACAAAUCAUCAAGCUUGAGCUCACAGUUUUCGGCAAAAAUGAACAGAUAAUAGUCCCCGACGAGGUUACAAAGGGAGAUAAUGAAAAAUGGAUCAGUGUAAAGAAGAUGCCAAGCUUUUACAUCAUAGAUGAUGCCGACUUUAUAUAAAAAAGAAGAUACGAAAAGCAAACUUUCCAAACACAUCCAAAAAGUCGAACUGAUUUGAAAUUGAGAAAUUUAAAAUAGAAAUGUUAAAAGAAAAAUUUCAAAAAACUAUAUAUAGAAAGAGAGCGCUGUUAUUUAUGAAUAUAAGAAUUGAAUUGAACAAAAGUAUAUAAAUUUAUUGAAAAAGAAAAAUUUAAUUGUGCUACAAUUCGUUUCUAGUCAUAUUUGAAAUUACGGCAAAUAAGAAAACUGACAGCAUUCCAAUGGAAAGUGCGUUCGUCUGUUGCAUGCAAUCCAUUGAACGCACCCCAAAUACCGGACGCAUCACACUGACAUUUCUACUUUUGGCAUUCGUUUGUUAUACCUCAAAAGUAUUGGUUAUAUUUUGCGCACUUUUGUCAUUCUUUGCAUCCUUAUUUCCUUAUUUUAACUCAAAAUUUUACUCAUCAAAUUUCAAAAUGCCCAUUCAAAGCGCUCCCGUGAAUCUUUCAACGGCUGUGAAAGAGAAGUAUAUUGAGGAUUUGACAAAAUACACAAAACCACAGCUAAUCGAAAUGCGAGACCGCCAAGAGAAAUUGCUAUCGAACAACUACCGGACAAAGCUACCGGACAAAGGUGAGCGAAUACAAAAGUUGUAUGAAAAAAUUGUGCAAGAAAUCAAUGCGCGCAACGAGAUUGAUCAAGCGGCUGCACUUUUCUCCGAGCUAAACAUUGUCGAAAAGGGCGUAAAAACGCUAACUCAUAUGGAAUGGAAUGGUGGAAAGGUGCGUGGUGAUCAAAUUCUGGUAGCAGCCGAUACAAUGGAUAGCGAUGAUGAUGAUGAAAAUGCCGAAGUUGAUCCAUUGAAAAUAAUUGCACAAAGUCGGGAAACAAAAUUGGUCAAAGUGACAAAACCACCGAAAAGUCUCAUCACAGAAGCCGAUCUGGAGGAUAUCAAAAUGCUAAAUGCGGAAAAUAAAAAGAACAAUUCGCUAAAUGGUGAAAAUUCACCAAACACCAGUACGAAAUCGGAUGGAAAUGAUGCAAACAAAUCCAAUGGUGCUAUUGAACUGGAGCCACAUGCCAUCAAUAUGAUGAAGAAAGAUGUGGCCUUUGUCAAAGAUGCAAAAAUCAAGCAAAAAUUUCUACCGUUUCGAACCACCAAAAGUGAUGUGCACAGCGUUGAGAAGGAAAAACAACGGAUGCAUGGUGAACAUUGGGAGGUGACAGCAGCUACGCCACCAAAUUUACGAAACAACGCCGUCAAAUUGAUUUCAUUGCAAGAAUCAAUCGAAAUGGAAAAGCAACACCAGGAAAAGUUACGCGAGCAAAUGGAAAAGCAAGCUGAAGAACGGCUCGAAACGCGUCAAAAGAUUAUCGCUGAAAAUAUUUCGUUGUUACCAUCGGGCAGUGCACUCGUCGACCCGAACUCAUUCUUCCAAUCGUACCGCAAGCGCGACACACACUUCGAUGAAAAUGGGGAAUCUGAAGAUGAGCCAUUUAGCGAUAAUAGUGACGAUGGUGAAGAGCCCGAUACACACGGAAUUUCGAUUGUUAUCAACGAAUAAUAAAGAAGCAGCCCAAUUCAAUACUUUUAAGAAACCAUGUGAUCUUUCUCUCUUCAAGCUAAAAUUAAGAAUAAUAAAGCAAAGUACCGAAUAAAA